AUGAAAGGUCUGCUGGUAACAAUAGUAUUGAGUCUGUUUUUGGCUCUAGUAACUGCACAGGAGCCAAAAAUUUACAACGGAUUUGACGUGCACAUCCGAGAUCGGCCGUACCAAGUAGCUAUUUUCCUGCUGGGACAAUUCAAUUGCGGGGGAACUUUGAUCGGCGACCGCUGGAUCCUAACUGCGGCACACUGUGUCAGACGUCGUUUCAGCGGAGAUAUUUUUGCAAGUGAACUAACGGUUCGAAUUGGUUCUCACUUCUUAAGGAGGGGAGGUCAUUUGAUCAGAGUAACCGAUGUAAUUAAACACCCAGAGUAUGAUGAAAUUUCCGGUGAUUGUGACUAUGCGUUAAUAGAAUUGGAAUAUCCAUACUCUAUUGAUCCCAUCGCACGGCCUGUCGAAAUGAUUGAUGAAAACGAAACCAUUGCGGAGGGGACUCUUUGCACAGCCAGUGGUUGGGGUAAAACCAUGGGCACCGGAAAUCGCAAUUUGUUAAAGAUGAUUGAGCUACCCUUGUUAAAUUGGUUUGAAUGUAAUCAAGCACUGGAUGACCUCGGAUUUUCCUUCACCGAAAACCAGAUGUGUACUAGAUACGAGAAGCAGAUACGUAGUCUAUUACAGGGUGAUUCCGGAGGACCGCUGAUUUGCAACCGAAAGCUUGCAGGAAUAGCCUCAUCUGGUACCGGCCGGUCGUUUAGCCGAGUGACCGCCAGGCCACCGGCAGCGUGGCCAGCAGUAUCUAAGCGCGUGAAACCUCACGCGAUUUCGGACUUCUGUGUGUGCAUUCUACGUACCGAUCCGAGUGAUCCGAGCCAUGGGUAUGAGGAUGGGUGUCCGGUGCUCGCCUACGGAGUGCAGACAGUGUACAUUCAAUAA